AUUAGGGCAAUAAAGCGCCCUCCCCGUGUCUCCUCGUCUAUCGCAUCCGCAGCCUUCGCUUUCUGCAGCUUUGAUCUCGCAAGUAUUUGCUCGACCAUCCUCGAUGCUCCUCAAGCGUUUGUAAAAAUGCCUCCUUUACUUGCAACAACACCGACCUCCCAUUCUUCAGCUCUUGUGGAGACAUCGUCUCGAAGUGCUCGUGACUUGGGUCUUCACCCCGUUGUGUGAUCACGCCUGAUUCACACCUCCGGCUUUAUCUCUGUCGACAAUGUUGUGCAAGAGGUAUGGCUCUGGAACUCUGAAGAACCUGUUGCGGUGUUCUGGUUUUCAAAGUCCGAUAUUCUCCUCGUUGUGCCGAAGCCGAAGCCGAAGCCAAAGCCAAAGCCAAAGCCAAAGCCAAAGCCCUCCUUGUGUGUACACUCAGAUAUGCUGCUACGUUGAUGUGUAUAUGAAAUGGAAAAAGGACUCUUACUAUGACUCGAUUGAGUAUAUCCACCAGUCCAUCGAACUUAAGCGCAUAGUUUCCUUGAAAAACUGCAUAACCCAAGGCCCCAAUGGCUGCAUUCCCAUCUCCGAUGUUUCAAAGAGAGGAUUAGAAUUGGGCAUACCCAUAAAGGUUGCGAGGUUCUUGAGGCUAUACCCAUCAGUUUUUGAGGAGUUUACUGGUCCCCAGUACAAUCUGCCUUGGUUUAGGCUAACCCCAGAAGCUGUUGAGAUAGAUACGGAAGAAAAGAGGGUGUAUGAAGAGUUUAAGGAGGAUCUGUGGAAUAGGCUGAGGAAGUUCAUACUUAUGAGUAAGAACAGAGUUCUGCCCUUGAAGAUCAUUCAAGGGAUGCAGUGGUAUUUGGGGUUGCCUGAUGAUUUUCUCCGUGACCCUGAAAAAAAUCUCGACGAUUCUUUUAGGGUUGUGGAUAUGGGAGAUGGCUUAAGGGGAUUAGCCGUUGAUUGUCAAGAGAGAGUCUUGUCUGUGUUGCAAAAACAUGCCUUGGAUAGAGGAUUGGGUUCUGGAGAUUCGAUGGAGGCAAUUGAAUUCCCAUUUUUUCCCUCUCAAGGUGUAAGGAUGAGAAAAAAGAUUGAGGCUUGGUUAAAGGAGUUUCAAAAGAAGCCUUAUGUUUCCCCUUAUGAGGAUUGCUUAAACUUGGAUCCAGAUAGCGAUGUAGCAGAGAAACGAGUUGUGGGUGUUCUUCAUGAAUUACUUAGUCUCUUUGUGGAGCAUUCUGCUGAAAGGAAGAAGCUUUUAUGCCUCAAAAAGUAUCUGUGUUUGCCACAGAAAGUGCAUAAGGCGUUUGAGAGGCACCCACAUGUCUUUUAUUUAUCUCUAAGGAACAAGACUUGUACAGCGAUUUUAAAAGAGGCAUGCAACGACAAGUAUGCAAUAGAGAGACAUCCUCUGCUGAGAGUGAGGCAGAAGUACAUUAAGUUGAUGAAGCAGUCAGCUGUUAUUUUGAAGAAGCAACGGACAAACAGCCGAGUUGUCAAAAGUAAAAAUGUGAAAGAUCUAGAUCUGGAUUAUGUGGAAGAUAUGGAAUUGAAAACUACAACUCAAUUUAUUCUGAAGGAGGAUCGCGUUGGAGUUAUGGAUGGUACACAUAUUUUGGCGGUGGUACUUAUGAGGAUGAAAUUCGUUUAUUUUAUCGAAAAGAAAAGCCGUCUUAAAUUGUAUUGGCCGUGUGUAAGUUUAACAUGGAAUUUAUUUAUUUUUGGGGCUGGACGGAGGGAACAGCUCGUGAUACUCGUAUAUUUAUUAUAUAUAGAUAUAUGGUAUAUGAUAUAUAGUAUAUUAUGUAUAGUAUAUUGUAUAUGUUUAUUAUACGUAUACUAUAUAUGUAUACACACACAUAUAAUUCAGAAGUAAGGCUGUAGUUCUGUGUAUAUAUAUGUAUUGUGUAGAUACACAAACAUAUACAUAUAUGUGUGCGUGUGAGGGGAUUAAAUUUACAUUACAGUUGUGUAGGUAAAUAUAAAUUAGUAGAUGCUUGAUAUCUAGGUUCUUUGGGGCCACGUUGGAUAUCAUUUUACCAGAGUUUUAACGAAACCUACAGAUUAUUAGGAAGUGGCUAGCCAUGUUCAUUCCUCACUAGUCUAUUAUCAGAAACUAAGUGAGCUUUGACGUAUGAAAAAGAAGUAGCUGAUUCUAAAGAAUAUGCCAAAUUAUCCGUAUAAAAAAUAAGUGAAAAUUGUAGUAGCGGCAAUGACUUUACAUAAUUAUGUAGAAUGAUACUCAUUUCACAAGAACAAAUUUGGAUCCUAAUUAUAACUAUAUAUUUGAAUCUAAUAAUGUAAAUGAGGUGUUGGUGCUUCAAAUGAUAAUGUAUCUUCUGACAUGGCACUUUACAUGAUCGAAUAGCUAUAGUUUUAGCAAAUAAUGAACGAUACUUGUAAUUUUGAAGGGUAACAUGUUCUCUUCCUUGGUGCAUAUGUGAUAGUGUUCAUUAUAAUGAAAUUACUCUUUUUAAUUGAGAAAGAGUCCACUUUAUUGUGAUUUUUUUACAUUUAUAAAAUUUUUAAGACAUUGUUAUGCUUGUGGAAUUUGAUUUUUUUACCAAAAGAGAAAUGUGUUUAUUAAUACGUCUCUUUUACAUUUUUUUACAUUGUAAUUGUUAAAAUCAAAUUGAAACAUAUUAAAAAGUAAAAGCUCAAAUUGGUCACAUAAAACACUGAAAGGCUUCUGGAAUUUAGUCUUUUCCAAAUGGCAAUUAUAUCUUCUUAUUGCACUUUUCAAUUAUAAUUUACCAAGCACUUAAUUGCUUUUAGCCACUACACUUUGACUUAAAACACUUUCUCAAAGGAGCUCUUGAAACGCUAUGGUUUUCCAAAACUCGCCCUAUAUUGGAUACUAUUAAGUGAUCUGAAUUGUGAAUGGAUUUAACUGGCCUGUUAAUUUCUCGUAAAUAUUCCUUAAAACUCUGAUAUGACCUAUUGGGGAGUUUAAGUGAUGCUAACAUGAAUACAAGUGAUCUCAUCUGGUCGGUUGUUCAUGUUUUGGUCGAAUAUCUCUACUUAUUCGUCCUUUGCUGUGAUAUGUUCUGACGAGGGAUUGUUCUAACACCAGUUUUACCCUGAAACUCAGAAUUCAUUGCAAUGUUCAAAA